CACAUACUAGGAUAAUCCAUAAGAUUGAUCAAAACAAAAGCCAAUUAUCAAACCCCGCCGAACCAAAAGCAAAGUGCAUAUUUGAGUGAGUUUUAUGGCAGAAUCAAUGGGGGGUGACACAUGGAAGGCCCAUGUGAGCAUGGCAUUGGCCCAGUUAUUCUAUGGUGGCUAUACUGUAAUCACUAAAGUGGCCCUUAAUGUUGGGGUCAACCAUCUAGUUUUCUGCUUCUACCGGAAUUUCCUUGCCUUCUUUAUUCUUGCUCCCCUCGCUUUUUUUAUUGAAAGACGGACUAGACCACCCAUUACCAAGAAGCUACUGAUGUCAUUCUUCUUUCUUGGAUUGACAGGGAUAUUUGGCAACCAGCUUUUGUUUCUUAUUGGUUUAAGUUAUACUAAUCCAACUUAUGCUGCUGCUGCACAGCCAGCUAUUCCAGUCUUUACAUUUCUGUUAACUGUGAUGAUGGGCAUAGAAAGAGUGAACUUGCUCAGAUAUGAAGGUCUGGCAAAGGUUGGAGGAACUCUUAUCUGUGUUUCUGGUGCUAUGUUGAUGGUUUUGUAUCGUGGUCCAGCUUUGAUAGGAGAUAAAGAAAUGGAUCAUGUUCUACAAAUUAAAAGAGGUGCCAGAGGUCAGCCAGAGCCCUCUGGAUGGUUAAUCAGUGGUUUACUGAAUCUUGGAUUUGACCAUUUUCAGCUUGGGGUUAUGUCCUUGAUAGCAAACUGCUGCUGCAUGACUGCUUUUCUAGCUAUUCAGGCACCAUUAUUAAAAAAGUAUCCUGCCAAUCUAUCUGUCACAGCGUAUUCAUUCUUCUUUGGAGUUGUACUGACGUUGAUUGUAUCAUUGUUCAUGGUUAAUGAGUCAACUAACUGGAUUUUGAAGCAAUCAGAAAUACUAGCCGUUGUAUACGCUGGAAGUAUUACAUCUGCCCUAAACUAUGGACUCCUUAUAUGGAGCAAUAAGAUCUUGGGGCCAACUUUGGUUGCCCUUUACUAUCCACUUCAACCUGGGUUUUCUGUCAUUCUGUCCCAAAUUUUCCUUGGCACUCCAAUUUACUUGGGAAGCAUCCUAGGGGGAUCUUUAAUCGUUGCCGGUCUAUAUAUAGUUACUUGGGCAUCUUAUAGAGAAAGACAAUCAACUCUUGGAGUUACUGCUCAUGCAUCUUCGGUCUCUGAACCACUCAUUUAAGAAUUAAGUGCUUACCAGAGCUGUCACAUUUUUUCGGGGUCCUCCAGCGUAUCCUCAAACCCAAACUCAUUAAAUUGGUCUCAUCAUGAUUCUUGAAUCAGUUAUUGGUAGGUCUGCAUUUGAUCAUGUAAAUGUGAAAUGUUGUCUGAGGACAGACUGCCAAUGCAAAAUGUAGGGUUACAUCUGAAUUUUGAAUUAUGAUACUUAUAUAUCUUCAAAACUAUAUCUUAAUUUUUUAAAUGCAAUUUUUUGUCCAUCGGCUAGAUA